GAGGGGGUGGCAUGGGAGUGGGAGGUUUAUUGGUCUGAGGAUUAUCAAAGAUUCAUGAGUAGACCAUUCUUCAAAAACUGAUGUUGUAGUUCCGAGGAGCCCUAGGCUCUUGGCAUGGGUUGCUCACCGGCCGGCGGGCGCCGGUGGCCUGUGUUUGUCUGAUCCGCCCUCGCCUGACCAUCGAGGUAUGUAUUGACCGGAUCAGCCAGUCUGCCUGAGGCCGUCAAGGGACAGCUGUGUGACAGACCUGUGAAGUCUGAGCGGGUAGACCCCCGUGGGAAGGUGGGGGUGAUCAAAGGCAGCCAUCGAUCAGCCCAGCGAAGCACCAGCCAACCAUCAACAUGCCACCCAAGAAGACCCAUCCCAUCUCCGCCUCAGCGUUCAUGGACGACCUGCUUUCUGGACUGAAGCCUACCCUAGACAGGAAUACUCGAACUCCAACACCGCCCAACGCCUCUGAAGCUGCAGCUGGCUCGUCCCUACCCCCUCCGAAUUCUGGCCGCAGAGUACCUAGCCCUCCGAAGCUUUCAAAUCAAAGUCAGAUCAGUAUUCCUUCAAAAAACUUGCCACAUUCAGUCAAGGAACCCUCCAGUGACGCGUCGGAGUUGAAUAAUACAUCUGCGGAUUUGUUGGAGGGAAUCGAAGACUGGAGUGAUUUCGAGUUAGGCCAGGACGGAUCGGAAGGGUCAACGAAAGGCGUACCAGAAGCAGUGCCACUCUGUCAAAGUUUCGUGAAAUGUCGCGUCGAAAAGGUCGAAGGUGACGCGCAAUGGAAUUCGCUCAAAAGACGGAUGGAAAGACGCGUCGAAGUGGUUCUCAAGUCCGAUGAUAACCAACACAAGACCUUGGUGCUAUGCGACGAAUGGACUGAACUAUCACUAGACCAGGGUAACCCUCUCAAUAUUGUUUCCUUCCCCGGUUCCCCACCCAUCAACUUCCAACUCGAUCCCUUGGUAUUCUCGAGGGCCGAGCCUGGACAUGUACUCAUCCUAUUUCCGUCUCUCCUCAUCAGCGCCACCGUUGUCUCCAACGCUCCCUUUUGCUCGAGGAGGAGCGUCCUGAGCACCCGGUUGAAGAUCAGCUCGACUGAGAUCGGCGAGCCUAUCGUCAGAGGAAACAUCGUACAUGAAGUCAUCCAGAAUUCCUUACUGCCAACUCAAGAAGAAGAAGAAGAUCAAUCAAACCCCGCCCUUCAGCCCACUCCAAGUAUUCCCGACACUUGGGAAAUCACUCGCUUGUCCGAAGAAGCCCGAAAGGCCUGUAUCAGACACCUGAGUGACUUAUUCAUGAUCGGCAAAUCUGCUGAUGAAGGCGUCAAGAUGGUCUCUGAGCAUCUCCAACAAUUACCUUCCUGGUCCAAAAAAUACCUGAUCAAUCGCAAGGAGAACGGGAAAAUCAUCUUGAAUAAAGAUGCCUUGUUAAUCGACCCGCGAAGCAAUACCCAGCCGGGAGGAGACGACCCGAGGAUUGGAAUCACUGGCGUGCUCGACACUGAAGAAGAAAUUUGGUCCCCUAAGUACGGACUCAAGGGGAAAAUCGAUGUCACCGUACAAGCACACGUCAUCGAAAAAUCCUCGAGUAUCAAGAAUCAUUGUUUCGAUCUCUCGAACCUUCAGAUCUUUCCCUUAGAAAUUAAGACGGGUCGUCAGCCUAGUGGGAUUGAACACAUUGCUCAAACGAUGCUCUACACUCUCUUACUAAGCGACCGCUACAAUCUUGACAUCACUGCCGGGCUGUUAUUCUACACUUCGCGAGAUGAUUUGAUACGGGUUCGAGUGGUCAAAGAUGAACUACGACAUUUGGUGAUGGCCAGGAACAGAUUGGCUCGCUUCAUGCAUUCUGAACCUUCCUACUCGCCCGAAAUAGCCUUGCCUGACCCCACUGAUCUCGAAGAUCUCGAAGAUCUAACGGUCUGCGAUUUACCACCCGACAACCCUAUUCUUCCUGAACCGAUUGACAACGAUCGCGCUUGUUGUAGAUGUUUUGAGGUCGAGGGCUGUAUGCUUUAUCGUAAAACGGUUGAGCAAGUGGAUUCGAUCCCGCCCCAGAAAGGAAUCGACCGUCUCCGAGAACUGUACGAGCGUAAGACCUCCCAUCUUACGCCAGUCCACACCGAAUUCUUUCGACGAUGGGAGGCCUUGGUUUCGCAUGAGGAGAAGGAGCUUGGGAAGCUGAAGAAACAGAUCUGGACGAUGUCCGCGGAUGAGAGAGAACAAACUGGGAAUACCUUAGCCAACAUGGUCAUAGACUACACAUUUGAUGUGAACGAUGGAUCGUAUGACCCCACAUCGAUGACCAAGAUCCAUCGACAUACCUACCGUCUCAAACGCUUUCAGACGAUACCCAACUCCACCCCUGAUGAUGACAAGGCCUCUCUCUUGUUCGGGCACAUGAGCAAACACGAUCCAGUCGUCAUCUCAAUCGAAAAGAAGAAGCUGGCAAUCGCCCGCGGCUUCAUUCUUGAUCUAACCCCAACUACCAUGACCGUUGGCUUGGAUCAUCGGUUGGAAGAAAUCGGACCAUUACCCGUUGGUACAAAUCUUGCGGCCUUCUUGACUCAUUAUGCCUCCACACAACCUCAUGGCUCCUCAGCAUCCCUCGUUCGGUAUAGAGUCGAUAAGGAUGAAUUACUGGCUGGAAUGGGCAAAAUUCGUGAUAAUCUGGCCCAGCUGUUUCUGGAAAACGGACACAGUCAACUGCGUGAAUUAGUAGUCGAUUUGAGAAAACCCAGGUUUGAUUCUUCAAACAUCGAAACCUUGACGGAGAAUAAUCGGGCUGCCCAUUUGAAUGAAGAGCAGGUAGGAGUGCUCACCAAAGUGCUGACUGCGAAAGAUUAUGCAUUGGUAUUAGGCAUGCCGGGCACGGGCAAAACAACGACGAUAGCUGAGCUGAUCAAAACGUUGAUCGGAAUGGGCAAGACGGUCUUAUUGACCUCCUACACGCAUUCGGCAGUCGACAACAUCCUGUCCAAGCUGGUUGACUCCAAGAUCGACAUGCUCAGACUUGGGAACGUCGACAAAGUGUCGAGCGCUUUGCGGCGGUUCACGCUCCAUGAAUCCGACCCCUCUCAGACUAUGGAGGCAUUGGAGAAGAAGCUGAUGUCCCCGCCAUUGGUGGCCACGACCAGUCUCUCGAUCAACCAUCCACUCUUCACCCGGCGGUCCUUUGAUUACUGCAUUGUGGAUGAGGCCUCUCAGGUGACUCUCCCGACCUGUCUCGGCCCACUGCGUCAUGCAAACGUCUUCGUCUUGGUCGGCGACCACUACCAGCUGCCCCCGUUAGUUAAGAACCAGAAGGCGAAGACAGGAGGUCUGGAGACCUCGUUGUUCAAGCUCCUGACCGAAGCACAUCCUGAUGCGGUGGUCUCGCUGACGAUGCAAUACCGAAUGAACGAGGACAUCAUGAGUCUCAGUAACGCGUUGAUCUACGAGGGACGACUGCGUUCUGCCGACCAACGGAUUUCCGACUUGGGUCUCGAGAUCCCAUUAGGGGUCGUCACUGACUCUUUCCAUAAGGAUGACCCCACAGAAUGUCGCGAUGCUUGUUGGAUCUCUGAUCUCAUCCAACCUAGCAGAAAAGUCGUCUUUGCUAAUACGGAUCUCUUGCAUGGAAAAGAAUCUAAGAUGGGUAAUCAACUACAAAACGAAGCAGAAGCCUAUUUAGCCCUCCAGUUGGUUAACGCGCUCGUUGAAAGAGGGGUACCUGCGUCUGAGAUCGGGAUCAUUGCGCCGUAUCGACAACAGAUCAAGCUGUUGACGUCCCUAUCCCACGCCCACCCGGAGCUGGAGAUCCUGACGGCGGACAAAUCGCAAGGCCGGGACAAGGACUGCAUCAUCAUGAGCAUGGUCCGCAAUAAUGCCGAGGAAGAGGUGGGCGAGUUGCUCAAGGACUGGCGGCGGAUCAACGUCUGUUUGACUAGGGCUAAGCGCAAGUUGGUCCUCUUCGGAUCCAAACAAACACUCAGACACUCCAAGGUCUUGAACGACUUCUUCGAAUUCAUUCUUCAGAGGAAUUGGAUCUACGAUCUUCAGCCCGAUUGCAUCGCCCUUCAUAAAUCUUUGGGCCCCUCUUUUCGCUCUUCACUCGCUCUGGAAAAAAUCCCUUCUACUACUUCUUCGUCAACCGUCUUGAAUCAACCAUCGAACACCCCCUCUUCUUCUACAACUAAACGCCCUAAUGAUCACCUUUCACCCUCUAAAACUCGUACCAAAAAACUUAAUUCUCAUCAUCUUUCUAUGUCUGCUACCAAGUUUGGAGUCUUGCGUGAUGUCACUGUUAAUAUUCUUGGUGACCCUUCCUCUUCCUCUUCUCCUUCUAAUUAA